GAACUGACAACAGUUUACGCGCCGACAAUUCCCGCUUUUUCUUUAAUAAAUUGAUUUUCACUUCAACUCGAUCACAUUAUCGAAGAGAUAGUGAGAAUAAUUUAAAUUUUCUUCGGUUUUUAGUUAGGAUAAAUCUACAGUUCGGUUCGGUAUUGUCGCAUUAUCUCAUCAGCGAUGGCUGGAAACAAUUGUUCUGCUUCUAAAGUUCCCAAAUAUGCUGCAGGCACACAACCAUUCACCGUUUUGAUCGAGGGGAAUAUCGGAAGUGGCAAGACGACAUUCUUAAACCAUUUCCAAAAAUUCCAAGAGAAAAUUUGCCUGAUCACCGAACCUGUGGAAAAGUGGCGAAAUGUAAGAGGUGUUAACUUAUUGGUGAGUACGAACUUUUAUGAACUCAUGUACAAGGAACCUGAACGCUGGGCCAUGCCUUUUCAGUCAUAUGUAACAUUGACCAUGUUGCAAAGUCACACACAGCAGACCCAAAAACCAGUCAAACUCAUGGAACGCUCUAUAUACAGUUCAAGGUAUUGCUUUGUGGAGAAUAUGUUCCGAAAUGACAUAAUUGACGCCGGAAUGUAUCAUGUUCUGCAGGAAUGGUAUGAAUUCAUCGAUAAUGCCAUACAUGUGCAAGCUGAUCUAAUAGUUUACUUGCGAACAUCUCCAGAAGUUGUUUACGAACGCAUGCGUAAAAGAGCGCGCUCAGAAGAAAGUUGUGUACCCUUAAAAUAUUUGGAGGAACUUCAUAAACUCCACGAAGAGUGGCUAAUUAAAAACCGCGGUUUAAACACCAAUGUUAUUGUAUUAAAUGCCAAUUUAGAUUUAGAUCACAUAGGAUCUGAAUAUAAACGCUAUGAAAAUCAUAUUAUCAAUCCCGCCUAUACAAGACAACAACAAGCCGUUUUAGUGUCGCCCAGUAAGCGUCCUCACAUGGAAUAACAUUUUUAGAGUGGACUCCCCGUAGAUGAAAUUCUAAUUGAGAAACUUAUUUCCGUGCGAACUAAAAAAUCUUCAUCACUAGCAUUAUUAUCACAUAAGUUAUUCAUUGAACUUUUAUUUAGAUUAGUUUCUUUAAAUAAAAUUUACAAAUUAAUUAGUUUUAAUUUUUACCUAGACCUACAAUAUCAAUUAGAGUAAUCUCUGCUUUGACGAAGUGUAAAGCAUUUGAAAUGUCUGCGUUUUCUGUUUCGCAUUAGUUGACGGUUUUGAUGGCCGACUAUAAUUUUACAUAUUGACUUUUUAUUUUUAUUUUUGUAACCAAAUACUGUUUUUUUGUGCAAUUUUUAGUUUUUUAUGGUAUAUUAAACACAAAAAUCCAGUGCGGACGUUAAACAAAACCCAUCUUUUCAAAAUAUUUAAAUGUAUUUUAUUGCAUUUGCCAUAAGUGCAAACAUUUAUUAGUUGAUGAAAACUUAGGCCGGUGUCCAAAAAAGAAUCAAACAAAAAUUGUAAUUUAUACUAGAAUUAUUCCUAAGAAAUUUAACAACAAUUAUAUGUAAUGUAAACAUGAAAAA